AUGAAAAUGUGUUCACUGAUUUAAUGGCCUAUUGUUUUGCAAAUAAUAUUCCUGAACCUACGUUUAAACGGCUGGAGUGUGAUAACCACAAGGAGGCGCAAUAUAUGAUUAUAGGCGUUGUGGGUGAACUUAAAGUUAUUGAGCUCUACAACGGAGAGCACAUAAGCCCUCUUAAGAGAGCUGCAGAUCGAAUGUUAAGUGCCUUAAAAGUACCCGGUAUGAAAGCAAUAGCUCAGCGUUCUCAGCACAUGCCGCCGGAAUAAAAGUGCAAAAGGAGCUUGUGAACUGACGUUCGUUGAUCUUAUUCCUCUUUUGACAUUUAGCGAGGUUGGAUGUGUUUUAAGUGGUGUUUUAGGUGGUGUUUUAUAAUAAUAAUAAAUAUAUAAAAAAAAAAUUUUGUGGUAUUAGUGUGAAUUACAUUUUUUUCCUGACUACUUAAUACAUUCACGAGUUCAACGCGUUUCAAUCAAACUGCAAACAUAUCAAUCUUAUAUUUGUGGGCAUCUAUAACCUAAGAUCUACCAAAAUGAAUAAGAUAGUAAAGGAAUUCCAAAUCGGCGAUUUAGUAUUUGCGAAGAUUCGAGGCUUUAACGCAUGGCCAGCCAGAAUAACCUGUAAGAGUAACAAAAAAUACACUGUGUACUUUUUUGGAACAGGACAAAUAGGAAAUGUAACAUCGAAAUUCAUAUUCCAGUAUGAGGAGCACAAACGCAAAUACGCCACACCAAAAUACCUAAAACGUCAGAGCUUCAAGAAAGCUUUUGAUGAAAUUGAGGUUGAGUUGCAAAAAAUAAAGUCUGCUGCAGAAAAAGCUAGCAGCUCUGUUCCACAAAAAGCCGAUUGUAAAAAUGUUCAAUCCAAACCAAAGACUAAUAUUUCGAAACCGAAGGUAUCACCUAAACACUCUGCACCGAUUCAAAAAGUAACUAACCGUUAUAAUGUACUCUUGGUUCAAGGAUCGCGUGAUCAAAUAAUAAGCAUAAAUUUGGAUUACAAGAAGCCCAAAUCGUUUGCCUGUGUACAGACACGAAAAGAAUGGGAAGCAGCCAGUUUAAAAGAAGCAGAACAUCUAAAAUUUUUGAUUGAAUUUGACCUAACAGAAGUUGUGCCAGUUGAAGGCAAAAUCUUUUUUAAUCUUCCGUUAAACCAAAUGAAAGAAGUAUGCAUUGAUCGAUUCAAUACUCAAAUUGCUCAAUCAAAAAAAAAUAAGUCAUGCGCAAGGAAUUUCGUUACAUUAACCAUGAAGUUACACAAUACAUUAUGUUUCGAUAGUGCCCAUGUCUCUGACGCUAUAAACUACUUGGAACAACUUCUUAAAUUGAAAUAUUCGAGAGUCAUUAUUUUAGGUCAACCCUUAUGCGUUGACAUUAUAAGACAGGCGCGCCGUUAUGUGGGACAUCCCAUAAGGUGGAAAUUUAAUGAUGAGGAAAUAAAACAAUUUCAAAAAAUGGCUAUAAUUGUUCGCAGAUAUUGUGAAGAUAUAUAUAGCAUGUUUGCAACUAUUUUUGGGGUUCCCAAUCCUUUAGAGUUUUGGGCGAUUUAUAUACAGCAAUUGGAACGUUUUAAAAUCGCUACUAAAUGCAUAGGAAAUUGCAAUAGUGAAAACCUUAAUGAUGAUACCUACGCGAAAUUGUUAGAAAUCCUUAGAGAACAGGACCAGUGCGGGAGAAUAUAAGAACCAAAAUGGAGAGAAAAAAAGAAGGAUGUUAAGCAGUUGGAAGGAUAUAAAGACAAAAAUUUAAAAAAAUAUCUAAAAAAAAUUAAUAGAAAAAUAUUACUAGACGGGUUAAAAAGAGGCGGUGUUGCGAUCAGAAAAUAAACGAAUAAUAAAAAAGAUUAUUUAAAUUAUAAAUAAUAUUAACAUUAUUUUAUA